AUGUCCACCGAACCACUUGACGAGAUCCAGUGGAAAUCUCCGGAAUGGAUCCAGCAGUUUGGUCUCCACUCAGGCAAUGUGCUUGACUAUUUUGCUGAGCUGCCGUUCUACGACAGAACUUCAAGUAACCAAGUUCUACGAAUGCAGUUCCAGUUCCAACAGAUCCCACCAAACAUACACCCACAAAAAUACAUGCAGCUGAAGCUCAGUGAAAUGGUGGGUAUCGAAUUUGUGGUGGCUUACGUCAGAGAGCCUGAUUUCUGGAUCAUCAGAAAGCAACGCAGACUAGACCCCAAUACAACCAGAACAGAGCAGGACUACUACAUUAUCGGUGCCAACGUGUACCAGGCGCCAAAAAUCUACGAUAUACUCAGCGCUAGGCUUCUUUCAAGCGUCUUGCUGAUGCGUAAAUCCAUCGAUUUGCUCAACAACAUGACAAACUUCAGCAUUUCGGAGGGUGGGCACAUUUACCCUUCAGAAAAGGACUCUGCCGGGACGACUGAGAAGAAAAUCAACACAAAUCCGCCAUCUGCACUUCCGUCCACUACGAACAUAAGUGGGCAAAAUACGGCUACUCCGCUGUUCCCUACCCCAACUCCUGGUACAGCCCAACAAGGCACCAACGGAGAACCUGGUCUGGGCUCCAUCAUGAGCAAUGUUUCCAAUGUGAACAGCGAGGUGUCAGCCACUGCUUUUAAUAAUUUGCUUAGCACGGUAAUGGCCUCCAACAAUGAGAAUAUGUACUUGGACGAUAUUCCAUUGUACGGGAAGGGCAGCACAGUAGAGCUGCUUGGGCUCAAACUAAAUCUAAAUGACGAUGAUGAUUAA